GGGGUAUAGAGUUGUUGUUGUAAAUAAAUAUAAAAAAAAUUAAUUUAAUCCACCUUGAAAACAAAAAGUGCACAAACAUGACCACUGAUAGAUUAAGUGGCCUCGCCCCCAGUGAACAGGGCAAUGAUAAUUAUGGUUCUGAAGUUACACUAGAUAUACCACCAAACGGCCUAUACGCGGGCAGUAGUGAUUGCAUUGUGCAGGAUGAUGAUUCACAAAGUCAACGCGGCUGUUGCGACACCACCGGCGAUUGGGUCAAACGUACCGCAUCGAAUGUUUUUCGCAAAAAGACACUAUACAAACGUUUGCCCAUACUACAGUGGCUACCGAAAUAUAAUCGCGAUGAUUUUGUUGGUGAUUUAGUGGCUGGUAUAACUGUCGGUUUAACUGUGAUACCACAAGGUCUGGCUUAUGCGGGCAUAACAGGCCUUGAUCUGCAGUAUGGUCUUUACGGCUGCUUUUUCGGCUGUUUCAUUUAUGUACUCUUCGGCUCGAGCAAAGACGUGCCCGUUGGACCCACCGCCAUUGCUGCGCUGCUCGUCUAUCAAACUGCGCGUGGUAGCUUGGAGAAGACUAUACUACUCACAUUCCUAACGGGUAUAAUUGAAGUACUCAUGGGCAUAUUGCAACUGGGCUUCCUAAUCGAUUUUGUAUCUGGUCCAGUUAGUGCGGGUUUCACUAGUGCGGUUGCGCUCAUUAUUUUCACCUCUCAACUGAAGGAUAUACUGGUGGUGAGCACAGCCGGUGAUACCUUCGUCGAUAUGUGGAUCUCAAUUGUGAAUGAUAUACAAAAUAUUAGUUGGAACGAUACCGCUUUGGGUGUUGGUUGUGUUGCCUUUUUAUUGAUUAUGCGCGCCAUGACUACCGUGAAGAUUGGACCGAAAGAGGGCAAGAAGCUUUGGCAGCAGAUACUUGAGAAGACCAUUUGGUUGAUUGGCACCUCACGCAAUGCUGUACUUGUCAUAUUGGUUACACUCGUGGGUUAUGUAUUGCGCACCUCGGGUAUUGAUAUUUUCAAGAUGGUCGGUUAUGUACCAAAAGGUUUGCCCGAAUUUAAGGUGCCACCAUUCUCGGUGACCACCUACACAAACUCCAGCAGCGGUGAAAUUAUCGAAACGCAUGAGAAUUUCGCACAAAUGGUGAGCAGCUUGGGCGCUGGUUUGAUUGUGGUGCCAUUGAUUUCUUUGCUGGAGAAUAGCGCUUUGGUGCAGGCGUUUGCUGAUGGCAAACCAUGCGAUGCGAAUCAGGAACUUAUCGCUAUUGGUUUGUGUAAUAUUGGCAACUCCUUUGCGCAGGGUUUCCGUGGCAAUGGUCCAAUUGCACGUGGCGCUGUUUUGAAUGCGAGUGGUGUGAGGACGCAACUCUCCAAUCUAUACACUGGUGUAAUUGUCAUUUUUGCUUUGCUCUGGCUGACGCCAGCGUUCUACUAUAUACCCAAAGCUGCCUUGGCCGCCAUUAUUUUGGCCGCUGUGAUCUUUAUGGUGCAAUAUCGUGUCAUUAAGCCAAUGUGGCGCAGUAAAAAAACUGAUCUCAUACCCGGUAUUAGCGCUUUCAUUGCUUGUCUCUUGCUGCCACUGCAGAUUGGCAUACUUGUGGGCAUUGGCAUCAAUAUCGUCUUCAUUUUAUAUAGCGCUGCGCGUCCCAAGUUGCGUGUCGAAACUGCUUGCACUACGAAUGGCAUUAAAUACCUUAUGCUCACACCCGAUCGUUGUCUCAUUUUCCCAUCGGUUGAGUUCGUGCGCAAUGUAAUCAACAAGCAGGGACGCAAAUCGACGCUGCCAGUGGUACUUGAUUGCACCUACAUUUAUGGCGCUGACUUUACAGCGGCCAAAGUGGUCUCGAUGCUGAUCAGCGACUUUGAAGCAAGAAAUCAGAAACUCUACUUCUAUAAUCUGCAGCGUCGUGUCGCGCAAGUGUUUGAGGGUCUGAAUAAAGGACUGAUUGUCAUUUACGAUGCUGAACACUUGGAAAUGGAGCUUUCUGGCAAAGAAUCGGAGACCAGGCAGUAGAUAGCGCAACUAAAGUGUUUGAACAACAACUCAAGGAGAUAUGAAGUGCUCAAGGUUUAUACCUCAAUCGAGUAACAUAGGAAUAAUUAUGUGAUAUAUAUUAGCGAAAGAAGUCACAGUUAAAAUAUUUCGAAAGCAAAUACUUUAAUAUUUACAUCACGAUUAUUGUGGUUUGUUUUUCUAGCGCAUUAAAAUGACAUUUAGGUAAAUCAUUUCAUAUUCAAAUGUAUUAUAGAUAGAUAGACCGCAGUGGAGAGUGGAAGAAAAGCUAAUUAAAUAUGAUUUAAAAGUAAUCUUAUUGUGCACGAGAACUUGAAUAUAUGUAUGUAUGUUUGCUAAGCUUGCCAGAAGUCGUUCUGAGCUUUUGAAAAAGAAUUAUUUUACUCUCUCAGCCCAGAUAGGGGUUAGAAAAUACGACUGAUUUGUAUGGAACAUUGAACCAAGUAAAUAUAAAAAUUGUAUAAUAAUAUUAAUAAUUAUAUACUUAAGUUUAUGAAAAAGAUUAAAAUAGAAUAUGUGUUCCUAAACUCUCGUGGCUGCCGACUAACAAUUCUAAUUCAUUUGUACAUACUUAUUUACAUUAAAAAAAAGUUUACAA